AUUCUCCUCUCUCUAAUCAGAAUCUCACUUCAUUUGUGAUGUAUAUAUGUUCUAGUUUAUUUCCCUUUUCUUUUCUCUUGUUUUAGCUCUUGCAUAGAUAUGUGUUUUGGGCUUCUUAAUGCUGAUGAUUUCUUACUAAUUUCCUUCCAAAUCCCAGUAUUAGUUUCUUUUUAGUUUGGUAAUAUUUGAAAAUUCUUGUGUUUUCACCCUAUUCUUAACAGUCAAUCCUAGUUGGCACCAAAUCAAUGCCAGUUUCAUGAUUUUUACUUUUGUGGACUUUUCAUUUUUCUUAUACAUAUGCAAAAAUCAUCUAAGUUUUGGACUUCUUUUCCAGCAAAAAAGAUUGGGCAAUGAUCUUAUUCUCCUAGUAAUUCUUAAUGUUGAAACUGCCAUUUCCUCCAAGCAUGAAGCUCUUGACUCCAGAGUGGACUCUGUAUUCUACAGGGUUUUAUCUUUUUUUAGAAUUAUAUUGUUGGAGAGUUUAAUUCAUUUGCAAACAAAUGUGUUUUAUACUUUUAUUUGUGGAUUUGCAAAUCCUUUCACUCUUCUAUAUUCUGUUAAUUUCCAAUUAAUUUCUUUUCCAUUUUUUUCCAUUAGUACCAUCCAUUCCUCCCUUUUCCAUUUAAUGGACAGCCUAUAAUUAAUACUCUAAAAUGUUCCAUAAUCCACCUUACUUUGCUGGUUAUACCAGUUUUCAAUGCGUUUCUUUCCAAUUUUACAAAAACAAAAAACUGGUUUAUUAAUGAUUUUGCAUGUCAACUACAGUUCAGGGAGUACACAAUAGAAAUAUAUGAUUAACAUGUAAGCCUAUGCAGUUUUUAACAUAUAGGACUUGCUUAUGUUACCAACUCACUUCUCUAUCGUAUUCUGAGCUUCCAUGUUUUGGCUACAUGUUCUACACCUUGACAAUAUCUAAUGGACAGAAAUAUAUCCAUCUAUGUUGUUAUUUCAGUAAUACUAACAUGUGCUGUAAGCAAUGAGAAUAAAGAGACAUAGUGUUCUUUCUUUUGGUGGUUAAAUAUGUGCAUCAGUGCAUUCCAGGGAAUCUUAGUUUGCAUGUCACUUUUUUCAUCUUUGGUAUGUGGUGGCUGAGUUGGAAACUGAUGUAGUCAUUAAUGUUGGAGAUGUAAAAUUUUAUCUUCAUAAGGUACUAAGACUCAAUCUGUCAUUAAGUUUCCACUUUUGUCAAAAAGUGCACGCUUCCAGAAGCUGAUUACAAGCACAAAUGAAGAGGAGAACAAUGAUGAAGUCCAUAUCCAUGACAUUCCUGGAGGACCUGCUGCUUUUGAAAUAUGUGCCAAGUUCUGUUAUGGUAUGACAGUCACUCUCAACGCCUACAAUGUCGUCGCAGCUCGCUGUGCAGCAGAAUAUCUUGAGAUGUAUGAAACUGUUGAAAAGGGAAACCUCAUCUACAAGAUUGAAGUCUUCCUCAACUCCAGCAUUUUCAGGAGUUGGAAAGACUCAAUUAUUGUUCUUCAAACCACCAAGUCUCUUCUUCCAUGGUCUGAGGAGCUCAAGUUAGUGAGCCAUGGUCUUGACUCCAUAGCUACCAAGGCUUCAAUUGAUGAUACAUCCAAGGUGGAGUGGUCAUACACCUAUAGUAAGAAAAAGCUACCAUCAGAAAAUGGUAAUGAUCCUCCCUUUAUGAGGAAACAACAAAUGGUCCCAAAGGAUUGGUGGGUGGAGGAUCUUUGUGAGCUCAAAAUUGAUCUCUAUGAAAGGGUCAUAAGAACAAUCAUAACCAAAGGCAAUGUUUCUGGUUCUGUGAUUGGAGAAGCCCUUAAUGCUUAUGCCUCCAGAAGGUUGCCUGGUUUCAACAAGGGUUUGAUCCAAGGAGGAGAUGUUGUAAAGAAUAGGUUGUUAUUGGAGACCAUAAUCCGGUUAUUGCCUGCGGAUAUGGACUGUGUACCUUUCAGCUUCUUGAUGAAGUUGUUAAGGUCAGCUAUUGUGUUGGAAUGUAAAGAGUUGGAGAGAUCUGAGCUGAUGAGGAGAAUUGGUCAGUGCCUUGAGGAGGCUAAGGUGGCUGAUCUUUUGAUUCGCGCCCCGGGUGGUGGGGCGCUUUUUGAUGUUGAUGCUGUGCAAACGCUUGUUGAAGAAUUUGCACAGCACGCUCAGAGUGAAUCUCUGCUAGAAGAUGACCUUCAGGAGAUGACUUGCCCCAGGAUGGUAUCAGAUUCUUCUAAGGAUAAGGUAGCGAAACUGGUGGAUGCCUAUCUUGCUGAGAUUGCGCGCGAUUCCGGUUUACCUAUUUCAAAAUUUGUCAAUCUUGCUGAAUUGGUAUCAAGCUUCCCAAGAGAAACUCAUGAUGGUCUUUAUCGUGCCAUUGAUAUGUACUUAAAGGAACAUACUGGAAUCAGCAAGAGCGAGAAGAAAAGAAUAUGCAGGUUGAUAAACUGCAGUAAAUUGUCUGCAGAAGCUUGCAUGCAUGCUGUGCAGAACGAACGGCUUCCAAUGCGCGUCGUCGUGCAGGUUCUCUUCUUUGAACAGAUGAGAUCCACGACAUCUUCUGAAGGCAACAGCACACCAGAUCACCAUUCUAUCCGGGCUUUGCUUCCUGGCGGAUGUCACGGGAGCUCGAGGUCCACUACUACAACCAAUGCAGAAGAGGAAUGGGAUGGUGUGGGAGCAAUGGAAGACACAAAAUCUCUGAAAGGUGAACUUUCUGCACUAAAAUUAUCAGGUGGAGGUAGCAGAAACCGCAAAUUGAAAGGUAUCAUGUCAAAGAAGAUAUUCUCCAAGAUUUGGUCAAGCAAAGAAAGGAAUGGUGAGUUAACUAGCUCUGAGACAUCAGAGAGCCCUGCUUCUACUGUUGUAGAGGAAACAAAAUCUACCUCAUCUAGAAGCAGGAGAAUUUCAGUUUCAUAGACCAUAUUCUUUUGCAGAUUUUGAGUUCCAUUCAAUUGUUGUAUAAUCAUUAGCAGUAGAAGUUAGAGCAUAGUGACAUUUUCCAGCUGAUACAUCAAUGGAACUCAUAUCAAAUGUUGGCAUGCAUGUGGUUGAAAAAUGAAGCAACACGAAAAGUAUAUGUCAAUUCUUGUGACUCCA